CGAGGAAAUAGGAGCGAGCGGAAGUUAUUCUUCGUACCGAAAAUUCAAAAAAAAAAAUGGAGUUGGGAGAGAGAAAAGGAGAGAUUUAUCAGGAAGAAGACGAGUCUCCCCUGAGACUGGGGAUUGAUCAUAUAUAUACACACACCCCGCGUAAAUAUAAUUUUACGCUACGAAAAAAUAAAAGGGCGGAGGAGAAGAGGGGUAGCCUCCAUAUUUUUGGGUACUUUUCGGUGACGGAAUUGUUUCUCUCUCGCGCUCUCCCGUUGCCGAUCUUCUCCCUGAAUGCCUCACCAGUGUUCAGGAGAUUUCAAUUUCGGAAUUGGGGAGCAAGGUUCCAAAGAACGAGGAAAUCAUCUGAAUUUAGAUACAAUUGUGGCGACUAAUAAAAGGAGGAGCGAGGGACCAAUAACAUGGUGUUCGGAGAUUAGCAACAUGAUUAUUAGUAUAUACUAUAUCAUUCAUAUGACAAAAUCAAAAGAUGUGAAGGCUAAUCUCCCAGGGAAGACUAACCCUCUAGGGAUCCUCUAACUAUUAGAAGCUCCCUCAGCAUACAUAUUUGUAUAUAUAUACACACUCACCUGCAUGAGAUUCUUCAAGAUGGCCGUAGCUGUUGAUCAACAUAAUUAUGGUUUCAAGCUAUUUGGUGGCAGACCCCCGAGAUGCAAACUCCAAUCCUACUCUCAGCUUGAUUUCUCUAAUCUUGAAGCAAACCAAAGAAACCCCCAAUAUCCUCAAGAACAUGCAGCUUUUGAUUUUCCCAAUAUCCACAAAAGUCACUCCACCCCUUGCCUGUCUCUCUCCGCAAAACUUGGAGAUGAUGUUGACACUAAUCCUCCUAGAAUUGAAAUCAUAGCAGGCCAUGGAGAGCCACGUGUGCAUGCUCUGGUUAUCGAGGUUGCGAUAAC